CUUCAGUGAUGUACUGUUCCAGCUUAAUAAAUGUAAACGUCAAUUUACUUCCCUGGUGUCUGCCCUAUAUUCCGGAUUUGGGGUUCUCUGUUUCUCUGCCAUGCCAUGACAAGAAGACGACUAAGAAGAGCCUUCCAAGACCAGGAGAGGGGAGCGUUUCCAUAGAGAAAAUAUCAGAGCCCCUUCCAUAAGAGUGAGGAGGGGGAGAGUGAGAGAGAGGGGGGAGCAGACUUUCAAGUCGGAGGCAAGCUUCCUGAUGAUUUUCUUUAUCCUGAAAGGCAGAGAGAAAGGAGCGUCACUCAUCAGCACUGCCACAUUCAGGGUGGAAGUAUGCCUCACACUAGGCUCCUCCUGCUACUACUCAUAUUGUGCAUGGCCAGGUCCAGUGCUCACUACAACUUUUACAAAGCAGAGUCAAUUUUUAGUUGCUUGAAAGAAGCCCUUGAGGAGGUCAAGAGGAGAAGUUUAUUAGAAGAUAACUCAGUUCUCAAUAAGAGGGGCUAUGAUUUUGGACCAAGUGAUAACCAUUUUUCCCAAGAGGAAGAGGAGGAAGAUGAAGAAGAUGAAAAAGAGAAAAGGACAUUUCCACGUUACAGAUAUCUAUCACAGUCACAGGUGAAGGGCAAGGUUUAUCAAAACAAGGCAAAAAGUGACCGUCGGACCAAAUUCACCCUUUCAUUGGAUGUGCCAACUCACCUAAUGAGCAUCCUGUUCGACAUUGCGAAGGCUAAAAAUAUGAGAGCAAAAGCUGCAGCGAAUGCUCAACUUAUGGCCCAAAUUGGUAGGCGAAAGUAAGGCUGGCUAGGCCCUGCGUGGGUCAUAAAGGGGAUUAUGGAAAUUAGCACAAGACUUGUGUAAUUACAGUUCCUCCUAUCCCACACAUGGCCACAUCUUGGAACUUUUCUUUGUACAGUACACUGGUAUAUUAUGAGUCCUUCAAAGCUGCAUUUACUUCCUACAUCUCUUUUCCCAAGGGGUGAUAUGUCACCCUCCUUCCCAUUAUUUUUAAAUUUUAUUUUUAUAGUUAUUUUGUUUCUUUCUUCUCUUUCUUUCUUUCUUUCUUUCUUUCUUUCUUUCCUGUAUUUAUUAAGUCGUGGAUUUUCAAUGCUGCUAAAUCCGCCGCAUUAAAAAUCUGCCGAUUAAAUGAUAGAGCCCUAGGCCUCUGAAAUCUGUGUUUUAGCUUUAUCUGGUUCCUAUGGAUUUUAUCAUUUAUCUUGCUUUUUUCCCCUUUGUAGUUAGCCUUCCUUUACAUGGAAAUUUGAAUGCACAAAUUGAAAAUUAUUAAAAAAAAAGUUUGCAUCGCCCACUGUGAUGUUUUUUUUUAUUAAAACAAGGAAUUUUUGAAA